GAACAAUAAUUGAAAUCUUCAGAAGAUCGAAAGUUGUUUUUUCCCUCGAGAAGAAGGCCGACUUUCAGUGAUAAUUCACCCAUUAAUCCUUGCACAGGAAUUGCAUUAUAAUGAUGAAUGAUCUAACUGACAGCCUAUCCAACCAGUCCAUGAGGUAUGGGACGGUGAGACUCUCCGUCCCUCCCGGAUUCCAGAACAUCAUCCGCCUCAUCUCUCACGAGGUCCUCCGGGAGCAACCCAAGGACAACAUCAAGUUCAUUGCAGACUUCCUCCAGGAUGUACUCAAAAUCAGAGACAGUACUGGAUAUGACCCCGUCUUACAGGGAGACCUCAUCGAGCGUGUCCAGGCCCAGUACAGCCAGCUGAGGAAGGAUAGAGCAGCUUUGGCAGAGCAGAAAGCAAAGAGACCAGUACCCGAGCAGGAAGGCAGGGGCAGGCCCGGAGGAGAGGCAGGGGGUGAUACCGGCGGCCCUGCUACCAAGAAACUCGCUACAGGUACGGUAGACCUGGGGAGCGUUCCAUCAACAUUUUUGUCCGACAAGUUGACAGAUCCGACAACUUUCCUUGAUUUUGAUUGACGGAGAAGGGCUGUUACUAUGGUAACUGUCAGAUAAAAUGGGAUUGUCAUAAAAACCGUCUAACAAGUCCUUUCAUGAAAUGCUACCCUGGAUUCCAUCUUACAGAGAGUUGUGAUGGAUCCAAUCGACCUCAAACAUAUGAAAAUCCAUUAUUGUCAUAUUGCACAAUGUCAUUUGUAAACAAAGAGGAACCACACCAAGACAACAGUGAAUAUAUAUGAGUAUACAUCAUCUAGAAAACAUUUUGAACAAACAUGCACAUGCAUUUAAGAUGUUUGCAGUGCUGGCUUUCCACAGUUGCGGUCAAUCAGAUCAAUUGCAACUCUAAGAUGGGACCCUGUACUUGCUAUCUUGGUUAGAUGUGAACUCAUUCUGAAAAAGUUGCCAUCUUUGAGGCUAAAUCCAUUGGUUAUCUGCAUUUGGUAUAUCUCUGACAACUCAUUCAAUACAUAUUCUUAUAUCCUCUCAGGGAGCGCGUUGUGAGAUUAAGAUGUCACAUGCAUGACGUCCCGGGGGGGCCACUUCCAUUGACGAGUGGAUACCAUGCGCGACCACGGGGUCUUGAAAAGCACCCUAAACACGUAUUUUCCAUGUUCUGAAAAUGCACCCCUUAACAAGUAUUGGCGUCUGAAACCCUACCCUUAACAAGUAUUGGAAACAAAACUAUACUCUUGGCAAGUAUUCCCUGAAAUGAACCCCCUAAACAAGUAUACGGCGAUAUUUUAUUGUUGUGUCACGGUUUAGUACGGCCACACCUUCCUCACCUCGCGCAAAUCGGGAGUCUAAACACGUAGUGUUGGGGCAAAAAUGACAUCCUUUAUACAAUAUUUUAAUCAUUACGUCAAACCCCUGUUUGAGAACGUACCGCAGUUCAGAUUGCAAACUGCGGUAUUUCACCCCCCCUUAUAAAAAAAAUUGAAUGGUAUACCAUUGACUACCAUUUACCAUACACCAUUGAUAUACCAUUGGAAUACCAUUCGCACAGCACCCACCAUACACCAAUGGUAUACCAUUCAAGCCCCAAUGGUAUACCAUUCAAACUAAUUUAAAUAAUUGGGGCGUUACUAUUACCAUAUUCAUGAGCACCAUUUACCAUUCAUAUACCAUUGAUCAAACACCAUUCACCAUUGAUCUACCAUAUGGCCACUAUAGACAGGUUUACCAUUGACCACCAUUCACUGGCCUACCAUUUACCAUUCAGCCACCGUUCACUGGACACCAUUGGCCUACCAUUCACCUUCCACCAUUCACCGUACCCCAUUGCCUACCAUACACCAUUGACCUACCAUUCACCAUAUACCAUUCGCGUACCAUUCACCGUACACCAUUCGCGUACCAUUCACCGUACACCAUUCGCGUACCAUUCACCAUACACCAUUCGCGUACCAUUCACCGUACACCAUUCGCGUACCAUUCACCAUACACCAUUCGCGUACCAUUCACCGUACACCAUUCACGUACCAUUCACCGUAUACCAUUCGCGUACCAUUCACCUUACACCAUUCGCGUACCAUUCACCAUACACCAUUUGCGUACCAUUCACCGUACACCAUUCACCUACCAUUCGUCAUACACCGUGCACCAUUGACCUAUCAUUUACCGUACACCAUUGGCUUACCAUACACCGUACACCAUUGACCUACCACUUACCGUACACCAUUGGCCUACCCUUUUACUGUACACCAUUGUCAUACCAUACACUCUUUACUAUUGGUCAAUCAUUCAAUUUACACCAUUGGCCAUACACUAUAGACCACAUGUGUACAGUGAAUGGUAGACCAAUGGUUUACACUGAAUGAUAGACAGUAGAUCAAAGGUGUACAAUGUAUAGUAGGCCAAUAAAGUACAGUGAAUGGUAGACCAAUGGUGAACAGCAUAUAUCUGGGGUUAAUAGUAGGUUCAAUGAUGGAUUAAGUAUGCACAAGAAAACAAAAUGAUGAAAACAGUUAUUUCAAGAACGUCAAUAAAAUGUUUUUACUAUAAGAAGUUUAAGCAUAAAUAGCACAGAGUAUUCACAAGUAUAGACUUUAUCAUUAAAGCACAUAAGUUAUGAAUAUAUAUGACUUUGCUACUCGAUGACAUCUAUAUUCUGUCAAUCUUGGUAUCUAAAAAUAAACAUGUAUCAAGACUGAGUUUGAUUGAAAAACACAACAAAUGAAGACUAACAUUUUCAAGAAUAAACCUCUUCUCUCUGAUUGCUUUUUUUACAUGGAUUGAGUACCUGGCAAAACCACUGUUCUGCAUACAUUAAUAAAACAUUUUUUUUUACUAAUAAGUUUAAGUACAAAAGAGUAUUGACAAGUAUGGCAUAAAAGCACCAGUAUUAUGAAUACAUGUGACUGUGCGGCUCUACAAGAGAUCAAUGAUUGCACUCCACAUAGAUAUUAUGUUAAUCUUCCUAUAAACAAAUUUACAUGAAAGACAUAGUUUGGACAACAAACUAAUGAACACCAAGUUUCGAAGAUUAAACUCAAAAUGUGUGAUAGCCUUCACAUGGCCAAAUGAAUAAAGGGUACCAAACCUAGAAGAAAUUAAUUAUCCCCAAAAGGGGGAUAAUAGUACCCCCCCC